AUGGCAAAGCAGAAGAAGAAACGUGGGUAUUAUGUUGACCAUGACAGAGUUACUGAUGAUGACCCAUGGUUUGAAAGGAGUCUGUCUCCAAACUGUAGUCCUACUUACUACAGAUCUAUUCGAGACUAUCACCAUGAAUAUGAUGAAGAUUAUCGUGGUACAUAUGGAUCACCAGGCCCGUAUGACAGUGCCUGUAACAGUCCAAGUUACAUAAGGUCACCCUAUCAAUCUCCAAGCCCUUUCACAGAUUACUCAUGUAAUGAAGAAUCGGACAAUCCUAAUGAAAGAAUUUCCAAGUCUCAUCAUAAUCCCAGUCAUAGUCAAUGCAAAAGUGUAAAGAGGCACCUUAUGUCUGAAAGAGGAAGAAGAAAGAGAAAGGCAAAUGGUUUUCGAGGUGGUCCAGAUAAUAAAAAGUCAAAAAAAGGAAAGAAAGUUAAAGUUAAAAGAGAGAAUUGGAAGCAACUUUGCAAAUUUUAUAUGGAGGGAAAAUGUCAUAAGGGGGCUGAUUGUCCAUACCUUCAUGACCUUACUCCACCUAAGAAGAAGGAAUUGUGCAAGUUUUAUAUACAUGGGUUUUGUGCCAAAGGAGAAAAAUGUCUGUACAUGCACAAGGAAUUUCCAUGCAAGUUUUUUCACACAGGUGCUAAGUGCUAUGCAGAAAACAACUGUAUUUUUUCACAUGAUCCAUUAACCGAUGAGACCAAAAGAAUCCUAGAUAAAUAUUUGGAGGGUACAAGAGUGGAUGAAGAUGACAGAGGUGAUGUAGGUGGAGAUGUCAUGAGAGUGAAAGGUUCUGAAAGAGGUCACUCUCCCUUAAAAAAACGUCCAAGUCUGCUAGGAUCCCCUCCUCGCCAUAUUAAAGAACAGGCAGAAAGUUGGAGACAAGAGGUCCAGCAGCAACAGCUUCAGCAUAGGCUGAAGAACCAGAUGCUUCAGCAGCAACGACAACAGUUUUCUAAUGGUGGUAUUCUGAGCCCUCCUCAGAAUUCUCGUGAGAGGCUCAAUUUCUACACAGAUACAUUACAGUCUCCAAAAAAAUCUAGCCGUGUUAUGCAAGCCACAUCUGGUACAAUUCCACCACUUGGAAAAUCUUCUGGGCUUCUAAAACUCCCUUCCAGUAUGUCACCAAGCCAGGAACCAGAAGAAGCUGCUAAGUUUGACCAUUGUACUUCAUCUGGUUAUCAAUCUAAAAUCUCUUCCACAGGCUGGUUCAAUCAAGACCAGAACUAUUCUGUUCAUGAUCUGUCAGAAAAAGAGAAAGAAGAUUCUCAGUUGAGCUGUAAUCAUGAGCCUCGUGAUUCUGAAAGAAGUUUAUCAAAAUACAAUAAUGAAACAUCAAAACAUAAGGAGCAAGAUGGAGUUAAAGAACAAAUCAAGGAAGGAAGCCCUGCAUAUAAUACAGAAGAAGAAGAAGAAACAUCUAUGGGUCCACUCUCUGCUUCUCCUCCUUCAGACACCAAUAAUUCACAAGGAGCCAACAAUUUAAUCUGUAUUCCUACCCAUUUGCCUCGGCGUCAAAAACAACUUUUUCUGCGUAUUCAGCAACAACAAAAAGAAGUAGGGGAAAAUGGUGCAGAAGCCUCUGAAGAGCAGGAUUCAAAGCCUGGGGAGGAGAAGUUAGAUGAAGAAGAAGAACAAGAAAAGGCAGAAGGAAAAAGUGCUGAGUGGGAUAGCAGUGACGAAGAUGAUACAGAGGAUCAACCUUUAACUGCGGUGUUGAAGAAACUACAACAAAUGCCUCCUCCAAAACCUCAACUUCAGGUAAAAGAAAGUCCAGCAACAAAUCAACCUACUAUCAAUAUAGCUAAAAUGUUAAGUGCAAUAAGGCAGCAGGCAAAUCUUAGUUCUUCACCAGCAGUAGUCCAAGCUUUCAACCAACAGCCAGAAUUUUGGCAAAAUAUACUUGCAGGUACAGCUCCUGUUCCAGGUGCUACAUCAUCAAGUGCAUUACCCAACCCUGUUCAGACAGUUGUGGAAAACAGUGAGAAAAGUACAGUUGGACCUCUGAGCAAAGAUCAAAGAAUUCAAGAAGUGCAAGAAGCAGUUCCUUCUCGAGAUCCACGAGUUGGGCAGCCACAUAAGGAUCCUCGGAUGCAGUUUCGUGAUCCAAGAUUUAGUAUUGGUGUUUCAACUCGAGAUCCUCGUUUAGGAGAAGGUGUAACAGUAACUCAGCCAGUGAGUAAUGCAUCCUUCAGCUCAAGUGAGCCUCUUGUUUCAACCCACAGCAUAAUUAAUAGCACAUACAGAAGUAGCACAAGUGAAAAGAACAAAAAUGUAGCAAAGAAUGCUCAUUACAAACUUCACCCUGUUUCAAAGUCUCAUCCAAAUUAUGUUACAUAUGUUAUUGCAGGAAAUGGUGAUCCAAAACUUUUCAAUGACCCACGUGUUAGGAAGCACUUGACAGAAGUUCCUCCUCCGUCUCAUCUUCAGGCAUCUUUGCCAACUCAAACAUCUUUGUUAGGAAAAUUUCCUGAAAGUUUCAAUAACUUUAUGUCUAGAGAAUUGAGGACACAAACUGAAGUUCAGUCUAGCUUGCCACCACUCCCUAAUCUUGUAAACCCUACUCUUUCAGCUGAAGUGGAACUCUCAGAACCAACUGAAAAUAAACCUAUAACAACAAAGCCUGUAGAUCCACGACUAACAAAAGGUGUAGCAGCAGUAUCCAGUGAUCCACGACUACAUCAGAACACCACUAACGGAUUAAUACCACCACAUGUACCUUCCAUUCUUAAUCAGAGUUGGUUGGUUGAUAAUUUACCAAACUCUUCUGUUUGCCACCUGCCUCGCUCAAUAACAGAUCCAAGACUUGCUAAACUUCAUCAAACAGGUCGAGCUGGGCUCCCUCUCAAGCAGUUGGGAGUAAAGCAAGGUACAGUACCUCAGCAACUUGGUCAGAAAGUAGCUAUGCCACAAAUUUCAUGUAAUACUGUGUCAAAUGGAAGUGGAGGGAGUGUCUUUAGUGUUUCAAAUUUACCUUCUAAACCUACAGUAGAUUUUGCAGCGGAUCCAAGACUUAAACUUAACGAGACCACAGAUUGUAAUUCCUCAGCUCUGCAUCAGGAAAAUUCCAAGAGGUCAGAUAAUACAAGUGAGAAAAAGAAACCAUCUCAACUUAACAGAAAUAUAAGUAUGGAGUAUUCUUCCCCACUCAAUCUAUAUAAUGAUCAAAGUGCUGGCAGUUCUGGAAACAACAGUUAUAAUCGUAGGCUUAAUGUGCGACAAGCAGCUCAAACUUUAACAACAUCAAGUGAAAUGGCCAACAUUAAACCUUCCAUUUCAACAUUUUCUGAUCCUAGGACACAAGUAGUACAGGAUACUUCACUGGCAAGAACUGAAAGUCCUGGUUGUUCCUCAGUAAUUUUUGUCCCUGAAGAUCACCUUUCACCUGAAGAUAGUGGGCAGCAUGCAUCAUUAAAAGAAGUAUUCAAAACCUUUGAUCCAACUGUUUCUCCUUUCUGUUAGUGGAUAUUUUUACACCAAGGAAAGAAUUGUUAUAUGACAGGUGCACAUCAAUCGUAUUGAGAGUUUUUGAAAAUGGAAAUAGUCAGUAAUGUGACUUAAUGGUGGUGUACUCCACAUUAUCUGUGUUCAUGAAUCUUUCCAAGGACUCUUUGCUCACAUUUGAAUGAAUAAAUAAAAGUUGGUAAUAUUUCAUUGACUGUAUCUGCAAAUUGUUUUUGGUUUGUGAUGCAACUUGUAAGGAGUAUUUUGUAAAUUGUUAGUAUGUACAUAUUCUAAAGAAAUUCCUUUUUUUCUAUGUUAUUUGAUUUCUUGAAUGUCAUUCUACUCUAGCAUUGGUUUUUGACUUGCAUAGUUUUUUUUUUUCUUAUACAUAUGCAGUUACGGUUAAUUCAUAAAGAAACCUAACAAUAAUUCUUGUGCAUUAGACUUAACUUAAUUCCAAACUGUGAACCUUAGUAAUUGUAUUCUUGGGUUUCUUUAGUACCUUCCAGUGUUGUCUUUACAAACGAAUCAAAUGUUAUAACUGCAUUGCAUGUAUUCUCUCUCCCAUUAUGCAUAACAGAUAAAGAAAUAGUUGUAUGGUUUUUGUUCUCUUUUAAGUUUGAAUUUACAUAAGUAUUACUAAAGAAAGUAUCAAGAUAUGUUGAGUAUGAACUGAAUUCUUUACUUUUUAUGUUAAAUAAAAAUCAUCACUAAAUUAAAGCUUGUAAAACUUAGUUAACAAAACACUACUUACAACAUCAGAAUAUGUUGUUGUUGUUUUUUGGUUACUUAAGUAGAAUUAUCUACUUUCAUGUUUCUUUUUUUUUGUUUACUGUUCACAAGGUUCCCAUCUGUGAUAUUUUGAUUUUGAUAAUUUGUAAGUGUUUCAUCAAUGUGAAUUACUUAUUUAGGAAACCCAAAAAUGUGUCAGGAGAGAAGUUUUCUUCAUAAUAUAAUGCAGUAUAUCACAUGAAUCUCAAAGCCUGAUCUUUAAAAGAAAAAUACUUAUCUAUAUACAGAAUAAUGUAUGCUGUAAACCCUUUGUGUCAAAUACACAUAUACUACCAUCUAAACUUGUCCAAUGUUAGUAACUUCUAUAUAUGAUACAUAUGAUGCUUCCUGACUUAAUAUUACAUGAAAUUUUACAUUGGUUUUUAACAGGGACUCGUUUAGGAAAAUUACUUGUUUGAUCAAGUAUUUGACAAAUUAACUCUUGAUAACAUAUAUUAAGUCCGUGAGAGAAUAACCUGGUAAAAUGGAGUUGGAAUAUUUCGGCAGGCUUCAUUUAUUAAUAUUCCAAUCUCAAUUUGAAACGUUUUCUUUUUUUAAUCUAUAAUUUUUGUGUGAACAAAAAUCCUCUAAAAGAAUUCAUUCAACUAAAACUGUCAGCCCUAUGGUCAAAGUUAAUUUUAACAUUGUGUAUGCUUAAAUUAAUCUGCAUUAAUUACGUGCAGAGUUUAAGUCGAUAAAAUACCGUGAAUAAGAAAAUGUACAAGUAUAGUAUAUUUUGUGUUAACUAAUUCAUUAUGACCAGAACGUCUAACAGGAAGGAUGAUUGUUAAGUUGUAAAGUUUGAAUUACAAAUGAUUGUGGUAUAAAGAUGACAACUUAGAAGUGCUGGUACUAAGAUCAUCAUUGUUAUGUAUAUGUGUGGAGCCAAGCUAUUUAUAAAGAAUGUGUAGAGUAUAAAUAAAACUGUUGAAGUUAACAAUA